AGAUUAGCCGUGCUAUAUUUGUGCAAAAAAUUGAGUAAUCAUUUUCUAAAGGAAUAUUCUGUUAUAUCACAGCCUAAGAAACGCGAGAACACAUUAGCAGCUGAAACUAGUUUGACGUCGGGAGAGGUUAACGCAGAGAGGUUGGUCGUGAGGAAAAUUGUCAUCUGAGUCGGCAGCAUCAGCGCCAUCGAAACCGGACCUCCCCGGAACCCUUCAGCAUUCCACCGGCAGACGAUCGCUCACACAAUGGGGUGCGACUGUGAAUCAUGUAUAGCGAAAACGUUGUUGUCCGUUUUCAACUUCCUUUUCUUCGUGCUCGGUACAAUCGUACUCGGCGUCGGAAUUUGGCUCGCGACCGAUAAAACGUCGUUCAUCGCGCUGCUGAAAAUGGUCGACAACGAUCAGCUAGAGCACUUCACGCAACCAGCCGUGAUAGAGCAGCUCGCUUAUCUGCUGAUAGCGAUCGGAUCGGUAAUGUUCUUCCUCAGCUUCCUCGGCUACUGCGGAGCGAUUCGGGAAAGCCGGUGCCUGCUGACGACGUACGGACUAUUCCUGCUGCUGAUUCUUGUGGCGGAGGUGACGGCCUUCGGAUUGGCUGCCGCAUACAAGGACCGCGCCCGGACGGAAACGAAGAACUACCUGCAGACGACGAUCUCCAAGUACUAUACGAGCAACGACUACAACAAAACCGAUGCGGUCACGCUGAUGUGGAACUUCAUGAUGACCGAGCUGGAAUGCUGCGGAGUGGACGACUAUCGGGACUUUGAGCUGUCGGAAAAGUGGAACGCUACCAAGGGGGAGCAUAAAAUACCGGAGGCAUGCUGCAAGCAACCGGCCGAGGGCAACUGUCCUUCCCAACGCACCAAAACCAACCACUUUGAAAAGGGUUGUUACACUGCCCUCACCGACUGGAUCCUGCGAAAUCGGGAUCUGGUGAUCAUAGUUGCCGUUAGCGUCGGGUUGGCGCAGCUGAUCGCCAUAUUCUUGGCGUUCUGUCUCUGCAAAUCGAUCGAGAAGUACGAAGGAAUGCGGCUGUAGGUGAGGUGCGGUUGGUGGCACUUCCUAAGCAGCUGCAUGCUACCGGACACAACCUCACGCACCCAUUCUCACCCAUCUUGAGGCCCACACAUCCCCGCAAAGAGCCAUACUCAUCGCUAGGACCAGCAAACGGGCAAUAAUGUGCUCGAGCUAGAUGUAACAGUCGGCAGUCGGAGUGUCGACUUGAGCAAAAGCAAUCUCAACGAGUGGAAGUUGCGUACAAUCGAUUCACCAUAUUGGCAUCGGUUGCGUUAUGCUGGAGGAAAUGUAAAUUCAACAAUCUUUUAUCAUCGGAUAGCGGAAAAGUGCACUUCAGGGCGACAAAGUUAACAUUUUUGUUAAUCACUGUUAUCGGUUGGAGCCGUAUGAAUCUCUCGAAUUAUAAUUGUGUAAGAAGAAUCUCUCGACUCGUCCUAACCGGGGAAUAUAUUUUUUCAACUCACUGUUAACGAUGGAACAAAACGAGGUACACACAUUACAACGGUAUAAAAAACAUGGUAGUAAACAUAAAAAAUGUGCUGUAGCAACCUGUUUGAGCCAUUGGAGUAAAGCGCUACUGCCAGCAGCAAGAGAACUACAGCGGAAAUUAGCAUUAUUUCAUUGAUAAUUUUUACGUUCUUAUCCGCGACUAUAAUAGCAUGUUUUCGUUUCCCCAAUAUCUUUUUCUUUUGUUAAGUUACUCGAGGUUAAGUGACAUUGAAUAAAACAUACCGAAUUAUUGUAA